UAGGAAUGUUUAUUAAAUGACUUCACAAUUUGCGUAACUAAUUUUAACGACGCAAUGGAAAAAUUUGCUAUUGAUUUGGACAAAGUUUUAGAUGAUUUCGAAUUUAACGAAGAUUGUGCAGAGCAAAUAGCAUCUGUUAAUCCUUCAACGAAUAAUGCAUCAUCUUCUUCUGUUAAGUGUAAUUUGGAAUCUUCAGCUUUAAAAACUUACAAUUAUCUUCUAAUAGAGCCUAAAAAAGCUAAUACAGAGUUUGAUAUUAUAUUACCUCUAGAAAGACGCAAAGAUUUACAACAGAUAGAUACAAAAAUUAAAUGUGUUAAUGAGAAAGAUACAAUUUCUGAGAACCUGAAUUAUAGUGCAGAAAAGUCAACAUUUGAGAAUACAGAUGUAAAUCAAUUUUACACACAGGAAUGCACAAAUGAUAAUAAAUCGAUACAAAAGCAAUCUGUCCCAUCUUAUGAUUCUGAACAGGUUCCUUUGGCAAUAUAUAAUGACAUAUCACAAAAAUUAAUGCAAAAACAACAAAAUACCAGCAGUAGUCCAAAGAUUGACAAUAGGUAUGAUAAGAAAUUAAAUCAAUCUAAUUUGAAGCCUAGUGUUAGUAAUGUUUUCAGUAGUCUGAAUGAAUAUAUUAAUGCUCCACCUGGAAGUUCAGAUUGUAUUCAUUCUGUACUGGAUGAUUCAGAAAUACAACCUAAUAUAGAAGCUAAAACUAUUUAUCAUGUGAAUGAGGUACCUCAAUUAAUCCAGAGCACCACUAAAGAUAGUGAUAAAAAUGUAAUGCUUAAAGAAACAACUGACAUAAUUGAUUCAAUUCGAGAAGUUUCUGUUUCAAGUCAUGAAGAUGUUACAGUACCCAUAACACUAACAGAGUUACCUAUUACAUGUGAAACUAGCAUUAAAGAAAAUGUAAAUGAUGUUCAUGUAACAAAUUUCAAAACUUUGGAAAGUGAAACUGAACUUUCUAAGGAUGUUACAACAAAUGAAGCUUGUACCGAAUUAAGUGAUAAAGCAGAAAUUACAAACGAAAAAACAAAUAAUUAUAAUUUUGAUAAUGUGGAUCAAGAAAAUAAUUCUAUGCUUGAGUGUACCUACACUCAAGAUAAUUAUUAUGGAAAUGAGUCUACAAUACAAUUACAAAAUAGUGACAAAAAAUUAAGUAUGGAAAAUAUUAGUACAGUUGAUAAAUAUGAAAAUAGUUUAAAACCAGAACAUAAACCAAUAGGAUUUAGUAAUAUUGAUAAUUUAUCAGAGGAUGAAUUGACCAAGUAUUUAACUGAAUUAGAAGAAGAGGAAAAAUUAAGAGAAAGUUGUAACAAACAUGAAAAUAUUACAAAUACAACACAGAAUAUUUCUCAAGAUCAAAAGAAUGAAAAUAAACAGAAUGUUCAAAUUUGUACAGAUACUGUUAUAGAAUCUUCCAAUGUUAUAGAAUCAGAAUUAAAUGAAAAGGCAGAAAGCAUUUCGGUAUCUGGUUAUAAGAAUGAAAAAACAGAUGCAGAAUUACUAGAUAAUACAUUAAGAAAACAAAAUGUACAACAUCAUGAUGAUCAAUUAAAUGAUGAUAAACACAGAGAUAUUUUAAAUAAUUCAAGUAAUAAAGAAUUAAAAUUAUUGCAUGUGGCUAACAUAACGCAAGAUGACGAAGUGAAAUUAGAAAAUGAAUGUGUGCCUAAUGCAAAAAAUACUAAAGACAGUCAAGAAAAUUCUAUGUAUAGCUUAAAUAUUAACCAGGGAUCACUAAGUAAUAGCAAAACAGAAAUACAAUUAAAAGAACAGAAAACAAGUUGUACACAAUAUAGUCAAGCUUGUGAAUUAAAAAUGCCAAGUGAAAUUGAUAGCAUUUCUGAACAAAGAACUUUAGUGACACCUGAAGUAAAAAUAUUAAAUGAUGAAACAAAAGAUAAUGAUGAUGUAAUCCCUACAUCUAUGGAAGUUUAUACAAGGCCAAAUGUAAGUGACAUCAGUGAUUUAGAGAAGCCAGUACGCCCCCAAACAUUAGAUAUUGUUUUGACAAAUAACAGUAAUGAACACCAAGCACUUAGUUCUAUAAAUGAUACACCAUCCUAUCAAGUGCAGUCAGAUGUUGAUGGUCCGAAGGAAGAACAAGGAUCUUCACCAGAUAUUUUAGAGAAUUCUUUACCAGAAUCUAGUUUAGUUUUGGGGAAACAACCGCCAUUCUGGGUUCCUGAUAGUGAUGCACCUAGUUGUAUGCUCUGUGAUGUUAAGUUUACAGUACUCAAAAGACGACAUCACUGUCGUGCAUGUGGAAAAGUGUUAUGUAAUAAAUGUUGCAAUAUGAAGUAUAAAUUAGAAUAUCAAGGAAACAUUGAUUCACGCGUUUGUGUUUCCUGUUAUCAGCUUCUUACUAAAGCUGAAACAGAACAAGGUGUGGGAGAAUGGUUUUCUGAUUAUUCUAUGUGUGUUAAUAAUAAUGAUAUCAAUUCACCUCAGGGGAGACAGCCUAAUCCAAAUAAUCCCAUGGAGUAUUGUUCAACUAUACCACCCUUGCAACAGUUAGCUGGCGGAUUGCCUCCACCUCCUACAGUUAUGGUACCGGUUGGAGUCCUUAAAAGGGAAGAUGGUACAAAAAGUCGGCCUGAAAUUUCAAAAUCUGUUAUGUUCAGUGAUGGAAUAAGGCCUGGCUGUGACCUGACAGAACUAGACAUGUCGUGGGACUUGAAACCACCAUACCGGAAAUCUGGCAGCAAGAGGAUAUCAACACCUGGCACAUCUGUGCCAAGUACUUCUGUUAAGAAACAGAAUUUACCUCGUAUGGACCCAAAUACUGAUAGCUAUGUGCCACAGGAUCCUAGUGCUCUUCCACCAACUGUAACGAUACAUAAAGGACAAGUAUCAUACCAUGCUGUAACGGAUGAGAAUCUUCUUUAUAAGACAUUGAAAAAUGAAUGUGAACCACCUGUUAUGUUUGCGGUCAAUCGAAAUCUUUAUGCUUAUGUCAAAAUAGUGACCUUAAACUGUUGUGUUAAUAAAACGUGUUGGAAUGUAACGUCGAAAGGUUUGGAUUGUGUUGGACAGGAUGAAGUUAUCUUGUUAAUUGAAGUGCUACCUGAUGAAACCCGGAUACCCAAGGAUCUUCUUCUAUUUAUUAAUCAGUUACAUCUUGAAGCUAUGAAAGGAAAUACUAUAUCUGAAUUGGGCUUCUCAAUCUAUCAAGGAGGAAAUUUCUUAGAUUCUCGAGAACAUGCCGGAUUCUUAUUUAUUCGACAAACAUUGCAAUGCUUACAAAAAAUUAUAUUACCUCCUGCCCCAUAUUUAAUUGGUCUUUUAGUUCACAGAUGGGAAACACCAUGGGCAAAGGUAUUUCCAUUACGUCUUAUUUUACGACUUGGAGCAGAAUAUCGUUACUAUCCCUGUCCAUUGUUCUCUGUUCGAUUUCGAGAUGCGUUAUACUUUGAAAUAGGUCAUACAGUUAUGAAAGUUUUAGCGGAUUUCAGAAAUUUUGCAUACACGUUACCAGGAGUAAGAGGACUAACUAUUCAUUUGAGAAACAGAAUGACGGAUGUGAUGUUCCCGAAAAAUCGAUAUGAUCAAGUGAUCAAAGGUUUAAAUAAUUCGAAUGAUCACGUACUAGCAUACGCUUCAAAUUUUAGCAUCGCUGCUGAUUCUCAUUUAGUCUGUAUACAAACUAACACUGGUGAUGAAAGCAGUUAUCAAACACAAGCUAUAAGCAUAAACAAUAAUCUGAGAACAAUAACAGGUACCAGUUUUAUUGUUAUUAACGGAGCUUUAAAAUCAUCAAUGGGUCUCUCAGCAAAAUCUAGUAUAGUUGAGGAUGGACUGAUGGUAGAAAUAAUGCCAGAAAAAAUGGAAGCCUUGAAAGCGGCUUUAAAAAAUAUGCAGGAUUUCUCUAUCGGAUGUGGUCGACAAGGAGCACCGGAGCCAGAUGAAACAGUGAAUAUAAAAUGGGUCGAUAAUGACGUGCAGUUUAACCUAGGAGUUAAAAGUCCUAUUGAUGGGCAAUCAAUGGAUGGUAUUCCAUCAAUCAGAGUACAUAAUGGUAUUGAUUAUAAGGGAACGAGUAGAUUUAUUCGGUGGACAGAAGUAUUUAUUAUUAAUUCUGAUGAUCAUCCGAAUGGCGUUUACGACCCGGUAGAUAUAAAUAAAUUAUCAGGAAACAUAGCGAAAGCAACAUGUACAGCUUUAGUGAAGCUACUAGAUUUAUUAGCUAAUGCUGGUUUAAUGAAACUUGGUGUAAGAACAACUAUCCAUCCCGACAACGUGGGAUAUGAAGCUGGUAGUGAGGGUAUGAAGUUGCCUCCAAUCUACAUGAACAGUUUGGACAAUGAAUUAAUUCAAGUUUUACACAAAGCAGCGCAAAGCAGUCAAGAUACGCAUACUGUGCUUGAAUUAAUUUUUUACAUACUCGAUGAUUAAAAUCUUGCUCCGUUCACUCUUGUUUUGUUAACAAUUUUACUAAAAUAAUAUAAUAGAAGUAUACAGGUCACGAUACAGUACACGCCCGAAAUGUACAAUUUAAAAACUCGUGAAACCACUGAAAAAUAGAUCUUUUAGGAAGGAAAUAUUUUCUAUCUGAGUACUAACCAUCUAUAUAAAUAAUGAAAUACAAAAAAAAAAA